AGAAGGCGGUGCGGACUCGGUGCCUCAGAGUCGCGGCCCGGUCCCGCUCCCGGCCCCGCCGCCGCCGCCGCCGCCAUGAACAUCCUUCCGAAGAAGUCGUGGCACGUACGGAACAAGGACAAUGUGGCGCGGGUGCGGCGGGACGAGGCGGCGGCCGAGGUGGAGCGGAGGAAACGAGACGCGCGCGCGCUGCGGGCGGAGCAGGAGGUGCGCACCGAGCUCCUGCGGAAGCGGGCGCGGGUCGGGGGUCGCAGCCCCUCGCCCCCGGCCCCCCCCGUGCUGUUCCCGCCCCCCGAGGAGGCCCCGAACCGCGAGCACGAGGCGGAAAAAAGGCGGGAACAGGAACGCCGGGAGCGGGCCCUGGGGGUCCUGACCUACCUGGGCCAGAGCGCGGCCGAGGCCCAGACCUGCCCCCCCUGGUACCUGCAGCCCCCCAAGAAAGGCGGGGAGGGGUCCCGGGAGGUGCAGGGGGGGCGCAAAGCCGUGCUGGACCCUCUCGAGGACAUGAAGAAGGGGCUGCAGCGAGCCCCCAGCCCCAAAAAACCCCCCCAGCCUCAGCAACGGAGCCCCCCCAGAGCCCCCCCUGAGAGGGGAGCGGGAGGAGGGCUGGCCGAGCUGCGGCGGCAGCGCCUGGCCCGGGAGGCGGCCGAGGCGGCUCGGAGCCGGGAGCUGCUCCGGGGGCUCCGGGACCCCCCCGGGACCCCCCGGGACCCCCGGGACCCCUGGGACCCCCGGGACCCCGAGCGGCAGCGGCCCUACAACAGCCAGUUCCACCCGCGGCUGGCGCGGGGGGGGACAAAGUUUACCUGAAACCCCCCCAAAAUCCACUUGGAACGCCCCGAAAUCUACAACAGCCAGUUCCACCCGCGGCUGGCGUGGGGGGGGACCAAGUUCAGCUGAGACCCCCCCAAAACCCACUUGGAACGCCCCGAAAUCUACAACAGCCAGUUCCACCCGCGGCUGGCGCGGGGGGGGACCAAGUUCACCUGAGACCCCCCAAAACCCACUUGGAACGCCCCGAAAUCUACAACAGCCAGUUCCACCCGCGGCUGGCGCGGGGGGGGACCAAGUUCACCUGAGACCCCCCAAAAUCCACUUGGAAUGCCCCGAAAUCUACAACAGCCAGUUCCACCCGCGGCUGGCGCGGGGGGGGACAAAGUUCACCUGAGACCCCCCCAAAACCCACUUGGAACGCCCCAAAAUCUACAACAGCCAGUUCCACCCGCGGCUGGUGCGGGGGGGGACAAAGUUCACCUGAGACCCCCCCAAAACCCACUUGGAACGCCCCGAAAUCUACAACAGCCAGUUCCAUCCGCGGCUGGCGCG